CCUUUUUUUUUUGCAUUUAUUCGCACUUCUCUUCCUGUUCAGACUUUGAUCUUUCCCAGGGCUCGCAUGUCUGCGGGCGAGCUCAGCUGCGCUGGAAAACACCCCUCUGGUCUAGAAGUGACCCAAAAAGGACCGAAAACACCCCAAAAAAAAGGAAUUUACAUCCAAGCGGGAGCAGAGGCGAGCCUCCGGAGGUGGCCGGUGGGAUGCCGACAUGCGAGCUAUUCCUCGCCGCCGCCCUCCUCUUCCUCGGAGGAAGCAGCGGGGCUGACGGAGCUGCCAAAACCCCGCCGGUGGGACUGGUGGGAAGACCUCUGCAGCCCCUGGCCACCAGCUGGAGCUUUCCCCGGAGGAAGCGAGAUGAGGAGCCACCUUCAUACCUAAAGUGGGUGACUUUUGAAGGCACACUGCCUGCCGAUGCCGUCUCCAACUGGAACGGCUACGCCAAGAGGAUGGAAUAUGUCUGCUCAACUGAGCUGCGUGACUGCAACACCGGUGCCUACGUCCCCGAGCGAGGCCCCUUCUGCUUCUUCCCAUAUGGAGAACGGGAGUGGAGCACCCACAACUUCAAGGUGUUGGUCAACGUGGGAGACUUCGAGGUGCUGGGUUGGGUGGAUGGCUCCUUCGGCAGCGUUCCCGAAAAUGCCGUGGAGGGUUGCCCAUUCGUUGAUGUCUUCGUUGGGAGGAACCGCUACGGCUUGGGCAAGAUCUCCAGAGCGGAGAGGGCUGCCUUUGUGGUGGUGGAUGGUGAGGAGGUUUGGUUCAAGUGGUACCAAGUCUUGGUGGUCAAGAAGGGCCCGGCAGAUGUCACCAUCUCCGAUGUCCACUACAACAUGAGCGGGGUGGUGGAGCGUGGGGAGGACAUCACCCUGACGAAGACCACGGUGAGGAACGAGGGCUGCCAAGGGGUGCGUAAAGCUGUCACCUUGGAGGAGGCCACUGAGAUGGAGCACGACUGGGAGAUGGACCAGAGGGUCUUCACCACCAUCCGUGGGAUGUUGCGAGCCGCCCUCUUGACCUUCAAUGGGACAGGCUGGGAGGUCACCAACGUCACCAACAUCUCCUGGCUGGGGGGAGCCAGCAUCAGCGAGUACGUUGUCCAUACCCACAUGGUGGAGGAGGAGAUGCAGCCCCGGACGGCAUGCACGGUGGCCCUGAAGGGACGUCGGUUGGAUGUCCGCAUCCCCUUCACCGCGCAACUGACCCGUGAUUUUGGCAACGGUCAACCGCACCGUGUCGCUGCGACGGGGUGGGCUCGCAGCCGGGUGGUGGUGGGUGUCUGGGCCGGCGUCCAGGAGUGCUGGCCCAUCGCCGACAUCCCACCAUGCCGGGCGUAGGGGAUGGUGAGGCGGAUCGGUGUAUCUGCUUCUUGCAAUCUGCUUUUUCUUUUUUCCCCCCUGCAAAUAACUACCGUCUCCUCCCGAAAUGGGAUGGCAGCAACCUGCAAUGCAGAAAAAUGCAAUUAUUUUGCCUUCUGUAUUUUCUGUUUUCAUGGCAUAACCUUCAUCCCUCUCUGAAAUGACACGGCAACAACGUGGAAUGCAGAAAAAUGGGGUUUUUUUCAGUCUGCGUUUUCUAUUUUCUCCAAAAUAA